GUUGAAUAUUUGUCUCGGCGGGCGGAGGAGGAAGAAGAAGAGGUCAUCUCAACCGUGAACACGUGAGGAAACGGGCAACCACCUCAAGGAACCAUCCAGGAGUGCAUCUGUUAACAGCUGUCGACAGUCAUGGCGACCAUCGUGAUGGAGAGAAUUGGGCGAGUGUUCAUCAGCCUGCAGCAGAUCCGGCAGGUUCCUCAGAUGCUGACGGAGGCCGCGCCCUCCAUGCCCGGCACCGUCAGAGACAGUGAGGUUCCCUCGUACUUCAGGGAGCGUUACGUCUGCACCGGCUACCGACCGCUCAACCAAAACUGGCGCUACUACCUCCUGUCCUUGUUCCAGCGCCACAAUGAGACCCUCAACAUCUGGACUCACCUGCUGGCGUUCUUAGUGUUUCUGGUGAAACUGCGGCAGCUCUCUGAGACUGUGGACUUUGUAAAUGAUCCUCAUUCGUGGCCCCUGUUGAUCCUCAUCCUGUCCUCUUUGGCCUACACUGCAUUCAGUGUGGCGGCUCACCUACUGGGUGGCAAGUCGGAGCUGUAUCACUACACAUUCUUCUUUCUGGACUACAUUGGGGUGGCACAGUAUCAGUACGGCAGCGCCAUCGUUCACUUUUACUACGCCGUGGAUGAGAGCUUGCACAGACACGUGCAUGGCCUCUUCAUGCCCGUCGCCACCGUUCUCAGCUGUCUGUCAUGCCUGGGGUGCUGCUAUGGCAAAUACUGCAACCACAGCCUACCGACCUGGGUGCGGAAGGUGUGCCAGGUGGUGCCCUCGGCGCUCGCCUACCUGUGGGACAGCAGCCCCGUGGCGAUGAGACUCUUCUCCUGGUCCACAGCCAGCGAUGACCCAGCCUUCUUCUACCACUUCGGCCAGGUGGUUUUCUUUCUCAGCUGCGCCUUCUUCUUCACCUGCCCGCUGCUGGAGCGCUGCUUCCCCGGACGCUGCGACUUUGUGGGACAGAGUCAUCAGGUGUUCCACAUUUUUCUCGCCUGCUGCACCCUGUGUCAGAUUCACGCCUCGCACCUCGACUACGUGAGCCGCAGGGAGCUGUACACGCGUCUGCACGGGAGCGGUGAGGUGGCUCUCUUUGCGGGACUCUAUGCCGUCACUCUGGUUGUGUGUGUGCUGAUUGGUGCCCUCAUGCUGAGGAAAGUCAAACAAGUGCUUGACUGCAAAACCAAGUCCAAAUAAUAGAUUGGAUGUUGGAGGAACUGCAGUGACAUGUGCCUUUCCUUCCAGACGUACUGCUUUGACAGAAAGGGAACAAAUUAUUUUUGCUUGUAAAUGUAAAUAGCUGUUUGAACGUUUCGUAACAGUAAAGUCGCAGGUUACAAGAGGGAUACAUACUGAUGUUAGGAGUGAAGUAUUUUGAAACUCAUCUGUGUUAGAACUUUUGGAAUAAUUCACAGAAUCAGCACAAUCAAAACCUCACAAUUUGCAAAGAUUAUCAAAAUGUGGAUAUUGUUCAUAAGAGUGUUACUGGUAAAAGAAAAAAAAAGAUAGACGACAAGCAGUUAACAUGCAGAUAAAAUAAAUCUCUUUUUCUUUUUUCUUUUUUCCCACAGCACUGUGAUGACGUAUUGAACAGUAUCUUGAAUGUGCAAAUAUUUAUUUUGAAUAUUUUGAGAGUGAGUGCCUCCUGUGUGAUUUCACCCAGGAUAAUCGACUGUUGAAAUGAUUAUUGAAAUGAUGAAAAAGUGAUACAGUAAUCACGAGAGCCGACACUUCUCCUAUGCAGAAAUCUACUUCAUAAAUGAAGUACAGACACUAUAAAAAAAGAAAUCUACUAUUUUACAACACGCCGGUGGCCUUCGUCAUUGUGCCUUGAAAAGCCCUGUGUUGCACAUUUUAUGCUAAGUUUAGCAUAAAGUUGCUGCUGAUUGAGUAUUGCAUUAAAAAUGUACUGUAACGUGCUUUUCUCAGCCCCUGAGUGCCGUUAGAUAACGGCUCAGUGUUGAUUCUUUUUAGGAUUGAAGUUUCCAUCACAUGAUGAGAUGUUUGUCGUUGCCAGUCUGAGAUUUAGAUGUUUUUUUAAUGUUUCCGUUGUGCUAGCACGAGCUCGACUCCAUAGCACGUUUAUAUAUAAUUGAAUGUACUUUCUUUGGACUGUGUUUAAGAAAGCUGGAUAUUUUAUGAGCAAUGUGUAAUAUAUAAUGAAAGUCUUAACUUUUUUUUUUGACUAUAUCCUAUUUUAGACAAGCAGUAUCUAUAAGUAGACUGUUUUGUGUUAUGCACUGUAUAUUAGGAUGUCAGCUAUCACUGAAUAUCACUGUAUUGUGUCUUAUUGGAAAUCUUGUCUGAGGCUUUUGAGUCACUAGGGAAAAGCGAGUGUGGGUGUUACAUGAGUGUACUAAUUAAAGAUAGAGGUACCAUGAUGUAUAAUGUAUGUCUUUGGGAGAUAACAAUGCCUACUACUGAGCAAGAUGUAAAAAAACAGUGGGAUUGAAUUAAAUAAAUGUUUCUUGGAGGCAGAGAAAAAUCAUUUUUGUUAAACUAUAAUUUCAAGUGUGUAACACUGACUAACGACGUGACGUCUCAUGCAAAUAACAACAUGCUUGUUGCCUUCAUUGUCAUCCUUUAAACAGAGUAGCUUGUAGCCUACCUCCAGGCUCCAACAGAGAACUGUAUUUUCAAUGACGGCGACGACAACAGUCAUUAAGUAAAAGUUAAACCUCUCUUGCAUGUAUACUGUCUGAUCUAAUACCACUGCUCUGCCUCUGAAUAAUGUCUGAUCACCUGACACUCCAGUUGGGAAUUGACUUCUGCCUUAUUGUGCCUGUUUUUUGUGUCGUUACGUUCUCUGUCUCUUGAUGCACCUUUUAUUUUUGUUUUUGACAUUCUGUUAAACCUGUAGGAUUUUCUCCGUUUUUUUUCUUGUGAUUGUCAAGAAGAAAAAUUAAAUUAAAGU